GGGAGCACCGUAGCUUAGAGCUAGCUGGUAGCACCUGAGUUGUGCAGUGACUGAUACUCAGGGACUAUACUGGACUCCAAGGUGCCUGGGGAAAUAGGCUAGCUGAGGUUUACUAGCCCCUGGAGGGUGACGGACAGCUCUUAUCAGUACCAGAGGAGCGAGGCGUCAAGGGCGGAACUGCCGCUGAGAGCCAAAGAGCCCUACUCUCCUCUCUCUCUCCCUCCCUCGCCAACCCAUCUCUCAUCUGGAGGAAAAGGCCAGUCAGCGCGAGGGGGACUGUGUCAGAGAGGGGGCUGACAUCCACACAAAGACUACUCUCCCCACGGCUGUUUCCGUGGCGAGGGAGGUUCUCUGAAGGUUUUCUGGAGGUUGUGUGACCAUUGAGUUGAGGUCUUUGUCUGGAGGUCAGUGAGUGAGUGGUACCUGCAGCCAUGUCUCCGUUCCUGCGUAUCGGCUUCUCCAGCUUCGAGAUGGACCCAGGUCUGGCCUACCAUGAAGAGGUGAUCAACCCGUACUGUGCUGUCUACAUGAAGGAGGCUAUAGACACAGAGAAGGGCCAGGUGUACAAGCAGAAGAAGCCCACCAUGUACCCCCCCUGGAGCAGCACGUUUGACGCUCAUGUCCACCGGGGCCGUGUCAUGCAUGUGGUGGUGAAGGACAAAACCGCUGAGCUAAAGUCUGAAGCCAUGGUGCAGCUGGACACCCUGGCCUCACGCUGCAAAAAGGAGAACGGCAAGCUGGAGAUCUGGGUAAGGCUGAAGCCACACGGUCGUCUACUCAUGGGCAGAUACUACUUGGAGAAGAGUGGUGAGGUUCAGAACCAUGGAGAUGGAUUUGGAGAGAGAGACAGGGAUCCGGGAGUCUUUGCCCUCCAUGCACGACGCGGAGCCAUUAAACAGGCCAAGGUCCACGAGGUCAAAUGUCACGAGUUCAGCGCCACUUUCUUCCCCCAGCCCACCUUCUGCUCCGUCUGUAAAGAGUUUGUCUGGGGUCUGAAUAAGCAGGGUUAUCAGUGUCGACAGUGCAACGCAGCCAUCCACAAGAAAUGCAUUGACAAAAUCAUCGCCAAGUGCACUGGGUCGGCCAUCAACAGCAAAGAGACCAUGAUCCACAAGGAGCGCUUUAAGAUCGACAUGCCCCACAGGUUUAAGGUGUACAACUACAAGAGCCCCACGUUCUGUGAACACUGUGGCACGCUGCUGUGGGGGCUGGCCAAGCAGGGACUCAAGUGUGAGGAUUGCGGUAUGAACGUUCAUCACAAGUGCCAGAAAAAGGUGGCCAACCUGUGUGGAGUCAACCAGAAACUGAUGGCUGAAGCCCUGGCCACGAUCGAGACUAAACAGCAGGCCAGGGGCUCCAGAGAGAGUGAGAUCUAUAGUCGAGGCGGGCCGGUGGGUGUGGGCCAGGCAGGGGUGGUGCGGGAACCUUCAGGUUUAGUGGCAGGUCUCCCCCCGACCGCAGCCACCGCUGGGCGAAAAGAGCAGCAGGGGAUAUCGUGGGACACCCCAGCAGAGGGGGGCAUGCCUGCCCCUGUGAUGGAGGAGCCUGAGACGCUGUACGCCGUCCCCAGAAAAGAACACCUUCACAAGUUCACCCUGGACAACUUCAUCCUGCACAAGAUGCUUGGCAAAGGCAGCUUCGGCAAGGUGUUUUUGGCCGAGCUGAAGAGCAGUAGAGAGUUCUUUGCGGUGAAGGCUCUGAAGAAGGACGUGGUUCUGKUGGAUGAUGAUGUGGAGUGUACCAUGGUGGAGAGGAGAGUACUCUCCCUGGCCUGGGAACACCCCUUCCUCACACACCUCCACUGCACCUUCCAGACCACGGUUCUAUGCUGCUGAGAUUAUCUGUGGGCUCCAGUUCCUCCACUCCAAAGGCAUUGUCUAUAGGGAUCUGAAGCUGGACAACGUGUUGUUAGACUCAGAAGGCCAUAUAAAGAUAGCAGACUUUGGGAUGUGUAAGGAGAACAUGGAGGGAGAAACGCGGACCUGCACCUUCUGUGGAACACCUGAUUACAUCGCCCCAGAGAUUCUGCUGGGGCAGAAGUACGGCAGCUCAGUGGACUGGUGGUCGUURGGGGUCUUGCUGUACGAGAUGCUGAUUGGKCAGUCUCCAUUCCAUGGUCGSGAUGAGGAGGAACUGUUCCAGUCCAUCAGGACAGAUGACCCCUGUUACCCCCYKUGGCUGYCCAAGGACGCACGAGACAUCCUCAUCAAGCUGUUUGUGAGGGAGCCGGAGAGGAGGCUGGGUGUGAAGGGGAACAUCCGUCAACACUCUUUCUUCAAAGACACAGACUGGAACGCUCUGGAGAAACGAGAGGUGGCGCCGCCCUUCAGGCCAACUGUGAAAUCCCCAAGUGACGUCAGUAACUUUGACAAGGAGUUUAUCAAUGAGAAACCCAGGUUGUCGUGUGCAGAUCGUACCCUCAUGAACAGUGUGGACCAAACCAUGUUUAACAACUUCUCCUUCGUCAACCCAGCUAUGGGCCACAUCAAAGGCCCCUGACCUGCAAUAAAUAACCUUACAACAACCUACCAGCAACAUAUUCACAAUCCAUCAACAACCCACUGUACCAGCAACAUAUUCACAACCCAUCUAUUACCUUCUGACAACCUAUUCACAACGCAUCAAUUACUCAUUACGACAACACAUCACAGACAGGAGUCAAGGACACUUACCUAAACAGAUCAAUAACGUAUCCACAACCUGUCAAUAACAUCUCAGCUCUUUUAUACAGCCAAGGUGUACAGCAGUGGAGGCUGAUGAGGGGAGGACGGCUCAUAAUAAUGGCCGGAACAGAGCAAAUGGAAUGGCAUCAAA